GGAUUUAGCACGUUCGUCUUUAACCAAUCAAAACUCUACCUUUGAGUUUUUGCGUGAGUAAAUUUUUCGACGAUUAAUAUUUCUUUUGGCUUCGUUCGUCAGACAUUGACCAUAAUGGCAAGCCAGAGAAAGGAAGACGUUUCAGUGUUGGGAUUGUUUUUUUCAGGCGACGUUGAGAAGGACAGUGACUUAACACGACAUACUACUUCAGGGCAGACACAAAACCUUACAGAGACAGAUGCAGUGUUCAGGAGUGCUUUCAGCUUCAAUCCUGCUGAAGAAUACAACAUGGACCACAAGAACCGAGGCCUAGCACUCAUAUUCAACCAGGAGCGCUUCUACUGGCAGCUAAUGUUGAACAGUCGUUCUGGGUCUACCGCAGACAAAGAAAAUCUUAAAAACAGGUUUUUAGGCUUGGGAUUUGAUGUGAAAGUUUACGAUGAUUACAGUAAAGAUGAAAUUCUGAAAAUAAUCACUGAAGCUGCAGGUCGUAAUCACAUGGAUGCAGACUGCUUUGUCUGCAUUUUCUUGAGCCACGGUGAAAAUGGACAUGUCUAUGCCUACGAUGCAAAGAUUCACAUUCAGGAUAUCACAGCACUUUUCAGAGGAGACAAGUGUCCAAGCCUUGUAGGAAAACCCAAAAUUUUCAUCUUACAGGCGUGUCGUGGGGACAAACACGAUGACCCGGUCACUCCAAUGGAUGUGGUGGAUAGUGAGACCAAUGAGGUUGUUGUAGAUGCUGGGGUGGUGUACACACUACCUGCCGGAGCUGACUUCAUCAUGUGCUAUUCUGUAGCUGAGGGUUUCUACUCACACAGGGAGACAGUGAAUGGCUCCUGGUACAUCCAGGAUCUGUGUGAGAUUUUGCGUCAGUAUGGUUCUGCACUGGAGUUCACUGAGCUUCUGACGCUCGUCAAUCGCAAAGUGUCCCAACGCAGCGUGGGAAACUGCACUGACCGCUCUGCCAUUGGCAAGAAACAGGUGCCCUGCUUUGCCUCCAUGCUGACCAAGAAACUUUACUUCAGACCCAAGAAAGGAAACUUUGUUUAGACAGUCACAGAGACAGACACACGGACACAUGCUUGAACACACUCAAACACACACCACACACAUGGUGUUCAUUUUAGUCUGUGCAGCUACAAUUGCUGUAUGUGCUCAUCAAGUGCAGAUAUUAUAUUAUACAUAUUAAACCACUUUACAAAAGUUUGGAAUCACUGUUUUAGUAACAUAAAACCAAUCUGGUUGCAAAUAAAAGCAUAACAUGAUUCUGUUACGGAAAGAUUAAUUGUUUUUCCUGUCAAUGCAGAGUGCAAUUUCAAUAUUGUGAGGUACACUAUGAAUUCUAGCUUACAACUUAGAGCUGGUGAACUGCUUGUAGAUGAGUUACACCAAUCAGAAGCAACCAAAAACACUUGAUGCAUACAUUACAAGACAGCCACAAUUAACUGUAUGUCAGGCACAGUACAUUUAGUGCUCAAGGCAGAAGGCAGAAAAAGAGAUUUUCUAAUCUACUUGGUCAAAAAAAGGGCUGGAUCUUAACUCAUAGAAAAUAGUCGAUAUCUUGUCUUAUAAUACCAAUUUAGGAAAUAAUCCUAUAAUUAGAAAAUUACAGUGCUUCAAUAAUGACUUACCUUAUUAAUAUCUGAAACUGAAAUUUUGCAUUUUGACAAGUGUUUGUUUCAUAUAUAAUAUGAAUUUUUUUUUCUGACAUAAAUAUAAUUUACAUUGUUUUCUUCCCAAACUAAAUAACUAAAUAAUUAUUUCUGUGAAAUGUGAUUCCAAGCUUUAGUAAAUCAAUGCACACUCUCAGUUACAGGGCCAGGAAUCUGAUACAGGUGCUGUUUCAUCACCUUUACCUUUCUCACAGUAUGCUUAUUUAAAUGAGGGGUUGAACAGGUUAGUCAUGGGCACAUGAGUAAAUACUCCAGGCUUCACUCUUUCAUUUCUCUCACACACAGUGCAACAUUUUUCUGCAACUUUCAUUUUUAAUUACAUACAAAGAGGCUAAGGUAACAAAAUUCCAGCACUCACUUGUUCAACAGGUUUGACUUUGUGUGCUAUAACAGAGAAAAUUGGGGUGAGGAAAUUUCAUAGUAACCUGGAUUCAAUUUGCAAAACAUUAAUUCUAUUUUGGCAAAUUAUCUUAAAUAUUGUAGCAAAUAUAUAUUUUUAAGAUUGCAACAAGAAUUUUAUGAGAUUUAACUUAUUUCUAGACAUGUUUACUUGUUUUAAGUCUAUCUAGUCAAUUAUUUUACUGGCACAUUUUCUUAUUUCAGGAAAUGUUGUAAACAACCAAAAUUCUUUUCCAAUGGAAUACAACAAUUUCACUAGAUGACAGUGACCUAAAUCUAGAAUGUGAUAAUCUUAAGAUAUACAAAUCUUAAAAUGAGAAUGUAUUUGAUAUAUUGACUAAAUCUAAGAUGACUUUUGACCAAUAUCUAUGUUUGAGAGCAAAUUUAGUAUUUUAAUAAUGAUUUCAGCUACAAUAUCAGAGAAAAUCUGUCACAUUUUCAGACACGGUACAUAAUAUACAUUGUAUGAUUUUUGAUUUACAAACAUUGAUAUUUUGCUCAGCAGAAAGGGGAAUUCUUCUUUAUGUCUCUCAGUGUCAUCCAACUGUUCUAAUACUUCAUUACCUUAUCUGUAACUUUUAUCACAAGAAAAAAAGAAAACUUAAAGGAGCAUUACAUUGUGCCCUCCCACCUCUCAAAGUUUUGCCAUGUGUACUGUCUAGUCAUAUUGCAGAAAUGCAACCUGAGCCAAACAUAAGCCUAAGCUAUCAUUGAAUGCCACUGUGUAAAAGUCUAUACUGUUUUCAUGAGGGAUGCAUUGAUACCAUUUUUUUCAGAGCAUACAAGCACGAGUAGGCUACAUAUUUUUAUGUAGCACAAUUUUGGCCCAAUACCAGUAUCAGUGUGAUGCAUCCCUAGGUUUAAUUGUGCAGCUUUGUCAAGUAUGCAAGUUUGAUCAGUCAAGUAUGCAUCUUUGAACUUGCAACAAUUCUUUAGAAAACAAUGCAUUAUAAAAUGUUACAUUUUUAUUAAACUGUAUUCAUACCAUAUUUCAUCACCGUUUGAACAAAAUCUUCUAUCUCCAAAUUGGUAAGUUUGCAGGAGAAAUUUUAGAAGAGAAAUGUAAAUUAUUGUCAUGAGACUCUAUUCAGUGUAAUUUGGGAGCAUUUGCACUGUAACAUAAGUGUUUGUGUAAAAAAAAAUACAAUGACAAAAAUGAAGAUUUGAAGGGUUAGUAUCAACAGUGAUGUAAACCUCCUUUAUUUUGCAUUUUCCAAGUGUCUUGAAUAUAAUAAUCCAAUUCCAAUGAAUAUCAUUUUAAAUAUAAUUCCAAAAUUGAUGCAGUUGAAUCACUACAUUCCAGUUGAUGCUUUUUCCAUUCCUACAAUCAAUAAAUUCUAACAGGAAAUGCAAUAUGCUGCUAUUUUAAAUACAGAUUGUACCUCAGGACACAAAGCAUCUAACACUAAAAGAAUGCUUUUCAACAGUUGCAGUUCAACAACAUAUUUCUGUGUCUUUCUGUUGUAGUCACUUUGUUCUAAUGGCUACAGUAGGACAUCUUCAGAGACUUUUCACCUGUAGUAGUUUCACAGUAGUUAAAGAAGCAGUAAUUUGGUUUUUACAUGUAUAACAGUCAGUAGAUUUUAUCUCACAGCAAUUAACUCAGGACCAAAAAAGAACUUGUUUUCCUCUUCGCUCUCAUGUUUUAAAGCAACAGUCCAUGAUUUGUACUUUUUAAGCAGGAAACCUGUGUUGUUCUUUGCAGACUUUGUCCCUCUAAUCAAUGUUGUUUACUUAAAUGGUAUCCUUGUAACAAAAACUAGUUUUUUGGGUUUUUUUUUGUCCAGUCUGCCAUGAAAGGCUCUUAUUUUGUUAAAAGUUCCAUUAGGGAUGGAAUAGAAUGACAGUAUGAGUAUAUUGAUGGUUUUUGGUAUAAUCAUGUAAUUUAUAAAAUCAAUAUCAAAGUAUUUCUAAAAUCAUAGAUGUAAUUAUAAAAUAGCUUUAGUGAGGGAGAAAGACCAUAUCAGAAUUUCUUCUGGGAAAGAUCUAGUGAAAACUACCACUCCAUAAUCUCUUUUAGGGCACUCAGAGAGACCAGAAGGAAUAGGUUCAGUUUAUACAGUUAUAAAUGGCUAAUACUUUUUAUUGUUUUCUCAACACAGAAUGGCCUAAAAUAUUUCACCAUUGGUGCCAUUUUUUUUUUCAUGCUUUUUAGGCUCAUUAACUUACUGUCCAAACAGCACUCAGCAGCCAUAAUCUUAACAUACUACUAUGCAAAACGUGCAUGCUGUAGAAAAAUGAAAAGAUAUUUCUGAAAGUUUUAGCAUGAAUGUUUAGAAAUAUGUUUAAUUUUAUGAAUUUUAGCUAUUUUGCUCCUUUCACUCCAAUUCAUCACAGACUAAUUUGUGUCUGUCCUCUAGCAUUUCGCAGUCAUGUUUUUGGUAUAAGGGUGAAUAAGAAAUGACCAGACAUAUACAGUUUAAGACUGUCAUAUGCCUAAACCCAAUAUUGAGAGUGGAUUUCAUGAUGUCUGCUUUCUUUUGUUUUUCCUUGUAGUGUUCAGCUCUUUCCAGUGCCAUGGUUUGUCCUUGUUUGAUUUAAACUUGUGUGCUUUUAACUAUCAGGUUAUUGGGAGACUAAGUUUGCAAAAGGGUUCAGAUAAAGUAUUUAAUAUGUUAUAUUUUAAAGCAUAUUUUGGGAGAGAUUUAAAAUCUGUUCUUGGUGGAUUGUUGUUAAAUUUACUGGAAUACGGUAUGAUUAAAAAAACAAAUAAACUUCUAUGCUGUAUCA